UUUACAUUGACUGAAUGGAGCUAUAAUCCAAGGGCCGGGAUCUUCUGCUUCAGGCACGUGAGAUGCACAGAGUCAUUCAAUGGAUCGAUAAUACAGAGAGCGACAGCCUCAUGAAAUUCAGGUACGUAUUAGCAUCUUUCAUUUAUGAAUCGCCACCCUUAUCUUAUAUUACUGUAUUUCAUAUUUAUUUAUUUUAAUGGCUUCCACACCAAUAUAAGCAUGGUGGGAGUUGUGGCUCAAAGCUUAUGAGUCCAGAUUUAUCAACCUUCAACCACCCGCCGCACCCCUCUCUUUGCCCCUUAAUUCUCCAGGAUCAACUGCAUAAAAACAAAACGGAACCAGAAUAAAUCAGAAACACACGCCCAUAUGGAAGGUAUCUCUGCUAGCAUGUACACGAAGAUGAAAGGGUACUGGAGCAGGAGAGGGUACGAGAGGAUAAAUGGGUCGGGUCGGAUUCGGAGGAAGCGGCCGGUGGAGCUAGGCUCGGGUAGCUCGACUUCAAGGGGGAGGGGGUUUAGUUUGCGGAUCAAGAUCAAGCCGAAGCUUAAAAUCCUCAAAAUGUCUUCUCCGAGGAAGUUCUUUGUUUGGCUGCGGGAUGCCUACGUGAAGAUGAUGCUUGGGCUUGCUAAUUCCAGGGCAAUAGGUACUUCAGGGUACGGUGACGCGUUUGGUGCACGCCGCCCAGUCAAGGAGUAUGAUGAGAAGAUGAUCGUUCAGAUCUACAAGUCGUUGGUGAUGACACAGGGCCAGUUGGUGCCACGCGACGCAGCCAGGUUUGGCUCCAUGUCUAAACUUACUGCUAUUUCGGAAUAGCUGGCAGUUGAGGGUUUUUUUUUUUUUUUUGUCUUUUUAAUGGUCAAAUAAAUCAACCCAAAAGGAAAUUGUUCAUUAUUCCAUAAAUCUCCCAGAGGAAAGAGGGAAAAGAUUAUUUUCGGGUUUAUAAUAUAAUGUCCUUGUAAUUGCAACAAGUAGACUAAUUCUUCAGGUAGCAAUAAACCUAGUUUUUUAGUCA